AUAAUUUUAUAUUGCCGAAAUAAAUAUUUUUUAUUCUUUCAUUUAUUUCCACAACACAAUAAAAGGAACAAACUACAACAAUGGCUGAAGAGAAAUUAACCGGUUUGUCCAAAUACUUCAACGGCUCGACCACCGCUGGCCGUGCUAAUGUUGGAAAGGCCACCUAUGCCGUUGUUGGUUUGAUCAUCGCCUACAACAUGAUGAAGCCCAAGAAGAAGUAAACUACUUU